GGCUGGCGGGCCCGCGGAACCGCGCGUCUAGACAGGGUAACGGACACCCUUUACGGAGAUGGGCAACGCUGCCCUAAGAAGAAGGAGACGCAUUUGAAUUGUGUAGCUACGACGUGGGCUCGGUGUGGUGUUUCUGGACGCUCAUAUGCAAGAGUUAUUUAGUGUUUAAAAUGUGGGAGAUGGUGGCGUUACCGAGAGCGAGCUCUCCCUUCCUGUCGUCUAGGACAAGAUGGCAGCAAUGCAGGCGAACUGUGCAUGGUAUGGAUUUAUAAGUCCAUAACAUGUUCAGAGAAGCCCUGGAUUAUACUUAUAGUGACUCUAUGUGAAGAGACCUGCAGUAGGAUGCAUGGAAAUGGCAGGAAAAGGUCAGGCAAACCUUUGAGAAGUUAGUCAUCGGCUGUGUGGAGGUGUCAGUUGGAUUGCAGUUGGAUAGUGCAGAACGGUGAAGGUGUUCUGAUGUCGGCCACAACAGCAUUCUCUCUUCCUCAGAUCAUGUGGUGAAGGGUAUGGCCUCACAAGUCUUGGUCUACCCACCACACAUUUAUCAAACCCAGACAAGUGCCUUUAGCAGUGUGAAGAAACUCAAAGUUGAGCCCAGCAGCUGUGUGUACCAUGAGAGGGCACACCCACGGACUUUUCUGAACAGCAGAACCCUUGGCAUUGUGCAUCCAACAAAACAAGCCCACUCAUUUGUGAACCGAGACUUGGCAGUUGGCUUGAAAGUGCGUGGAAGACAAGAGUACCCGGUGCAGACGGUGGUGGUGCGUGGUGUGCAGAGACAACAGCCCGGUAAAAGAGGAGGUGGAGCACCAGGCCCGUUUGUGGCCCAGCAACGAGAAGAGGCAGGCAUUGUCCAGUCACAGGACAAGGAGCAGCAGCAGCAGCGGCAGACAGAAAAAGCAAGUGGGAGCAGCAGUGGAGCAACAGGGGCAGGAGGAGGAGGAAGGGGAGAGGGCUGCAGUGGAGGAGGUGAGGGAGGCGAAGAGGGUGACAGAGAAGAGAACUGUGGAGGUUUGAACUCAGCUGACAGCUCUCAGCGAUGUGGGCUGAAACGUAAAAGUGAGGAGCUGGAUAACCGAAGGAGCACCAUGCAGAUUGUGGAGGAACUGUCAAUGUUGCCUGCCAUGUUGCAAACGACGAAUGUGGGGAACGCGGCCAUGACAGCUCCAGCGGCUGUAGGGGCUGGAGCGGGCCCCUCCAAACAGGGUGUAGGGCAUGGGGGUGUAGGUGCAGCAGGAGGAACGGGAGGAGGGGAUGGAGACUAUCAGGUUGUGCAGCAUGAAGUCCUCUGUUCCAUGAAGAAUACUUAUGAAGUGCUGGAUUUCUUGGGACGUGGCACAUUUGGUCAGGUAGUAAAGUGCUGGAAGAGGGGCACAGGUGAGGUAGUGGCUGUCAAGAUCCUGAAAAACCACCCUUCAUAUGCCAGGCAGGGUCAAAUUGAAGUUGGCAUCCUUGCUCGUCUGAGUGGGGAGAAUGCAGACGAGCACAACCUGGUGCGAGCCUUUGAAUGCUUUCAGCACCGCAGUCACACCUGCCUGGUAUUUGAGAUGCUUGAACAGAACCUGUACGAUUUCCUGAAGCAAAAUAAGUUCAGCCCGCUGCCCCUGAAAGUGAUUAGACCUGUGCUACAGCAGGUAGCUACAGCUCUGAAAAAGUUAAAGAGCAUGGGUCUGAUUCAUGCAGACCUUAAACCAGAGAACAUAAUGCUGGUGGACCCAGUGAGGCAACCUUACAGGGUGAAAGUGAUAGACUUUGGCUCAGCCAGUCACGUGUCCAAAGCAGUGUGUUCCACGUACCUUCAGUCUCGGUACUAUAGGGCUCCAGAGAUUAUUUUGGGAUUGCCGUUUUGUGAAGCCAUAGACAUGUGGUCCCUAGGCUGCGUGAUAGCAGAGCUUUUUCUGGGCUGGCCUCUUUACCCCGGGGCCCUGGAGUAUGACCAGAUUCGCUACAUUUCUCAGACGCAAGGUUUGCCAGGAGAGCAUUUAUUGAAUUCGGGGACAAAGACAGCGCGGUUCUUUUGCAAAGAGUCCGAGUCACCCUAUGCAGCAUGGAGACUAAAGGCAACAGAUGAGCAUGAGGCGGAGAUGGGAAUGAAAUCAAAGGAAGCAAGGAAGUACAUCUUCAGCUGUUUGGAUGACAUAGCGCAUGUGAACUUGAUGAUGAAUUUGGAAGGUAGUGACUUGCUAGCAGAGAAGGCAGACCGCCAGGAGUUUGUGGGCCUGCUGAAGAAGAUGCUGUUGAUUGAUGCAGAAGAGAGGAUUGCUCCUGCCGAAGCUCUCAGCCACCCUUUCGUGACAAUGCAGCACCUGCUUGAUUUUCCACAUAGCAACCAUGUGAAGUCAUGUUUCCACAUCAUGGAUGUUUGCUGGACUCGUCCCAGUGCGUAUGAGGCCGCAAACCGAAAUAAAGGGCCAUUCAUCAGGCCUGUAACUACAACCGCUGCUGCCUCAGCCAAUCACCCCUUCAGCAAGAUGACUGCUGUCCAUGCUCAAGGGUUAGCUCCAUCAGCGGCCUCAGUGAUGCACCCUGGAAUACCACUGCAGACAGGAAGUGGUCAGUUUGGAUGCAACGAAUCAUUUCAGCAAGCUCUCAUUUUAUGUCCCCCGACCAUUCAAGCAGGAAUCCCCCCCAACACAGCCAAACCAGCAGGCUACUCUGUUCGAAUGGAGGCUUCUGUGCCACUGGUCACACAAGCACCCUCAAUCCAGCCCAUUCAAAUCAGACCUGGAGUCAUCACACAGGCCUGGUCAAGCCGUGCACAGCAGAUCUUGGUGCCCACUUGGCAGCAGGUGACAUCAGUACCCCCACCACCAACCACUAUGGCAUCUGACACAGUGGCAGGCUCACAGAGAUUGGGUGACUGGGGGAAAGUGCGUCCCCAUGGUAACCAUUACAGCUCCAUGAUUGCACACCCUCAGCCAUUCUUAACCAAGCAAAUGACUAUGUCCACCCACCAGCCAAUCAACAUAGGCAUUGCACAUGUGGUGUGGCCACAGCCAGCUGCCAACAAGAGAAUCAAGCCUUCUGUGAACAGGUGCAGCAACAUCUCCCAAAACACUAACAUCCAAAAUCUAGCAUGUCAGUCCCCAAAGAUGGCCGAUACAGCAAAGAAUGUGGACGAAGCAGAGGAAGCCAGAUGUCCAGAGGAAGGCCACACUAUUGUAGAGGAGCAAAGAACAGAGCAGGUGGAGGAGGAUGAUGAGAACUGCUGUAAAGUGGAGCCAGACUGUGAGGAGCUUUCAGUUUCACAGGAGCAGAGACAGGCCAUGGUGAUCUCUGACCUCGCUAGCCCAACUGUUAGCGUCAUCAGUAUCAGCAGUGAUGAGGAGGAGGGUGCACAAAGACACUCAAUGGGAGAAUGUAAGGGCAGUGCAGAUUGUGAGGCAUGUCAGAGCACCGUCAGUAUGGAGAGAGUCUGUUCUCUUAGCAGUCCAGACAGUACGCUCAGCACCAGUUCUUCUGCCUCAGCCCAAUCCAGCACCUCACCUUGCAAACACCCGAACAGCAUGUCUGACGACGAACAGGAGAGUGGUUGUGACACCGUGGACAGCUCACCUGCGUCACAUACCUCUGGCCAUAGCAACAGUCCCUUCACACAGGGGCGGUACAUCGCUGACAGCAACCAGAACUGCGAGCCUCGCGUUGCAUGUGUUGCCCCAGAGACCGAGCCCAGCAAGCCAACAGUUCGUACUGUUGUGGUCCCGCCAAUGCGGGUGCAGAACAACAACAACUCUGCCGUCAGUGAAAUGCCUAGCAACACAGGCUUAGAGUCUUUAUGCCAGUCCAAAGGGCGCGGCUUUCCUGGGCGACAGCAUCACCACUCCACUUCCCACCUCAACAGGCAUCAGAAAGUUGCCCCUGCAUUCCAGCAGCAGCCUGUCAGCUUUGGGCAGGUGCAACAUUUCAGUUCCUGCCAUCAGGAAUGGAACGGCAAUUUCUCCCACCGAAGACCACAGGCUUACAUCCCUCCCACCAUGCAUGGGCACACGUUCACUCUCUCCCACAGCAGCCCAAACCACACUACGGGCCCCCAUCCCCACCUCGGAGGGCACCCGCACUCCCAGCCCACCUUACUUUCUUACCCGCCGUCUGGUCCUCUGGUCACAGCUGCACCUGUGGCCCACCUCCUGGCCUCUCCUGGGGCCUCCCGCCCCGUCCUCCAGCCCACCUACAGCAUCUCCCACCCGGCAGGCAUUGUGCAUCAAGUCGCAGUGGGCAUCAACCCCCGGCUGCUGCCCUCCCCCACCUUGCACCCCCAGGGCCAGUUCAAGCCCCUCUUUCCCCCACACUCCUACAUUGCCUCUCCCGCCUACGGCAGUUUCCCUCUCAGCCCUACCAAAAUAAACCAGUACCCAUACAUCUGAGUGUGGCUGCUCAGGUACCCUUCAUACCACCUGAGGGCUAAGUGAGCAGGGCGAAAUAUAUCUUUAACCACAAACAACAUGGUUUUUAUUUCUGAAAAACCAUGGCACAACCACAGAGAAAGCAAACUAUUUUUGAAUCAUGUAGACUUGAGUGUAAUUGAACUUCAAGCUUUAAAAAAAAAAAAGUUCCAAUGGUGGAGAUGAUUUGGCAAAAAUUAAGAAGGAAAUAAUGUAUGAAUGAUUGAAUGAAAGAAUGAAUGAGUAGUUAAACUCACACUUAAUGUGUUUUGCACAUUUGAUAUAUCUUUGCAUUGGAUCUUCUACGAAUACUCCUCAAGACAGGUGAAUAAUUGGGGUGUUGUUGAAUAGUUAGACUUUGCACCCCUGAUCCCAGCUAUUUUUCUAUAUUGCCUUCUUACGUGUGCAAGACACAUCCAUCUUUGUAAAGCCAUCCCAGUCUCUAGCUCUAGAUUGACAGAUGCACAUGUCGUCCACAGUGUAUGUCGUACUGCGUUUGAAGUAUUUGUACCUUUUCUGUGUCUUUUGGUGUUAGCAAUGUCAAGUCAAUUAACCGAUUUAAAUAGGGUUGUUCCUCACGCUGCAUGUGGUCUUGCAUGAGCAAAAAAAUGUAAACGGAAAGAUGCAUAGACGUUGCUCUUAUUGUUUGUGUCACAAGACUCGCUGCAUUGUAUAACUGUCCCCAGCCAUAGUGCCUUACAUAUUUGAAGUUGUUAAUGUUAAUACUUAUAUAUGACUAUAUACAUGAAUAUUAAUGUACUGGACUGCAGCACUUGAAAUUCCAAUCAGUCGAUGCAUCCUAUGUGUGAGUAUAUAUAUGCACAUGUGUAUAUGUCCAUGCAUAGCCUGCAUGGAUGUGAUGUAUCGCGAAUAGCGGUGCUUAUUUUUGGGAGCCGGUGUAUAUUUCAGUGUGUAGUGAGUUACUUUUUCUGUUCUUUAAAGAAGAACAGCAUGCUUUGCUGUUGCAAAUGCCUGCUGUUUCAUUUGAUUUUUUUUUUUUUUUUUUAAUUAUACAUUUCCCGAAUGAACUAGUGUAUAAAGUGCAAGUACUGAGUAUUGCUUAAUAUUUGAUAAUCACUUUCUAUUCAGUGAAACUCUUACUACUAACAGUAUUUGUACUGUUUGAAACUGCAAUACAAUCUAAAUAGUCGUCUAUUUUUUUUUUUUCUUUUUCUUUUACUUUUUUGUCUUCGUAUUUACAUUUUGAGUGUUAUCACUUUUGGGUUUUUUUGGGUUUUUUUUUUUUUUUAGAUGUUUAGAAGUGUGUUGGGCAUGGCUUUGAUUAGGUAAAGAAAAAAUGCAAAUUAAUUCACGGUAUGGAAUCUUCUAAGCCUGAGCAAACCAUGCAGUAUUUGAUAUACACACAUAUAUGGACAUAUAUUAUAGAGCUAGACUAUUUAGUACAGAUGCUUGAUAAGGUGUGAGUUAAUUGUGUGCAAUUCUCUCAUUUAUGCAUGUGUGACAAAGUUAACUUUUUCACUUUACAUUAUACCAUUUGUUAAAGGCUUAUGGCGUAUCGGUGUCAACUGCUUAUUUUAUACAUUCCGUCAGGGAGGAUAUAUACAUAUAUGUGACGGUAGCACCGGUCUAUAUAUAUGUAGAUAUGCUGUGUGUGCGCGUUUUUUUUUUUUUUUUUCUGUUCAUUUUACUAGUUACGUGUGUAAUUUUUAUUUUUUUUUGUCUUUAUUUUCAAAUGAAGUUGCUUGUGCAGCACCAAAGACUGUAAUUCAUUUCUUGAGCAAGGUAGCUAUUCUGUUUGCAUAGACCUCAGUUAUACUGUAGUUGUAGAAUGGGGUUAAAUUAAAACAAAAAAAGUUGUAUUUAAAAAAAAAAUGGAAAAAAAAACAGCUGAGGUUUUGUCUAGCUUAUUGGGCAAUUAAUAAGUCGUAUCAUUUCUUUCUUGAAUGUAUCAUAGAUAAGCUGCUAUAUGAUGAUUGCCACUUCAAUAGCUGUGAAAUUAGGUGAUUUCUCUCUGAGUUUAAACCUAGCGUUGCUAUUUUUGUAUAGGUCCCUAAUUAUCUGAAAUAGAAGUGGUUUUGAUUUUUUGUGUUUUGCGUUCAUAUUUGGAGUGUCAUUGUAACUACUGUAUUGCUGAUGAUGAACAUUAGUUGCAUUUGUCGUUUCUCGGGGUGCGCGUUUUUUGCAUCAGUAUUUUAUCCUUAUUAACCUUUUGGGCUCGUCACUGCAUAUAAAUGAUGUAUCGAUGUAACUUAAUUUUUUGUAUGUUUUCAUAUUGACGUUUUGUACACAUCUGAAGCUGUAGCUUGCAGGAUUGAGUUAACUUUUUUAUUGUGCGUAAACGGUGUGCUGCCAGUACUCUCGUGGUUUACAGGAGCACUGUGAAGAUGCCAGGAAAAAAAAAAAACAAACAAAACACAAAAAAUCCAUUGUGUCCAUUGGAAAGCUUCUGUAUUGUUUCCACCAGUCACACACAAACGCACUUGCCACUAAGCACUUAUAGAGGUAGUGAGGCUUGUAAGGGUUUGGGUGAUUAGACUCUAAAACAGAAGUUUAGCCCAAUUUUUCAGUUCUAAAAUGAUGUUUUACAGCUUGUUUUACUGUUAAAAUUGGUUUGAACAAGGUAUUUAUUGCAGCCCUUUUAUCUGUUCAAUGUUAUAUCUGGCUAGAAUAUCAGUUUCACAGUUUGAUAUUCUAAGCUGCCUUGAGUUCAGAUCGCUCUCCCCUUUAUGAGUGUCUAAUAUCCGAACAAUGUUUUGUCGGUGCAAAAAGGUUACCGUUGUUAUAUGUCCUAUCUUGAAAUUGAGACAGUGUGAGCAGCACUGUGUAUGUGCCUUGAGAUUCAGAAAGUGAGAAUUCAUGCUGGCGAUUCUUCCCCAUUUAUUUGAGGAAGGCGUAGAAUUCAGUAACAGUUCCCUACAGUGUAGAAUGGACAGUCUUUAAUGGACAUUCGACCAAGAGUUUUUUUUUUCUCCUUUUUUUGUUUUAACAAGCAAAUAAAAACAACUCAAAGUAGGACUCCAUCACAGUGACUCUUCUGAUCAACUUAUACACAUGAACAACAUAGUGGUGGUUCUCCUGUUGUUUCAGACAGUCGCCACGAAAAGCCUCUCUGUGGUAACAAAAACACACACGGCGUACGCGUUGAAUGAUAUGACACUCACUCAGUGAUGUUUGGAUAGUCACUCUGGCUGAACAGCAGAUGCAAUACUUUACAUUGUGCGGUCAUUGCACCACCAAGUGUUCUUAGAUAAUCUCCAUGCUUUACAUUACCUUGCAUGUACACCUUAGAUGCUUCACUUCGUCUAGCUAGAAGCUGACUGCCCAGAGCAGCGCUCCUAUCGUACAAGUUGAAGCUGAGUGGGAGUAACCAGAGCACAGCUGACAACACAGGCCUUUUUAAAAUCAGAGAAGCUAUGCUUUAUAUCUAGGAAGAGUAUAUCUGGGUAUUUUAUUCUGCAUUGUGGAUGGAAAAGAGCUCUGUCAAGGAGGUUGUCAUUUUCUCUGUCAGUCAUGAGUGCAAUACUCCACAUUUCAACACUGACACUGAUAUGGUUGUAUGUUUUUAAUAGCUUUUGUCUAACGUGUAUGCUUUACUGAUCAUACUCAAAUAUCCCUUUGGGAAAGAAAGCUUAUGAUGACAAGGCAUGGACUUGGCAGAUUAGUGCUUGAAAUAGUUCCCCCAAUAAUAAGCAUGUGAAAUGUAAUCUGUGUUUUGAUUCCUUCAAAGGUAUUCACCAGCAAUGCGCCUGCAUAAACUCUCCCGUACUUGUUUAGGAAUAGAAUGGAUGCAAGAGGAGAGAAAUCUUAAACUGUUUUUCAUUUUCCACAUGAUUGACACCUUGAUUUCUGGAUAACUCUUUUUUUUUUUUUUUUUUGAGGAUUCAUGUAACAUUUAACAGAUAAAACAGUCAUUUGUAAAAUUACUAUUGUUAAUGUUAUGACUUUGAUAUAAAAAAAAUCCUCUUCUGCGGUAUUAUCCUUUAGAGAUCUUAAUUCAGGGUCUGUCUAAUUGUGCUACUGUGUAACUGUUUGAGUUAAUAUGAGAUUUGUUUUACUCAAGCUCUUAUUUUUCAGUUUUCUGGUCAUCUGUAUCAAUUUCAGAGUUAAUUCACACUGCAAGUUAUGGAAUCAUCUGUUUAGAUUGCUCAUCAAUUAGACUUGGUAAUGAAAUCUGAACUGUUACUGUUUUAAUACCUGUAGAUUUUUUUGUGGCUUUUUUUUUUUCUCCCCGUUUUUGUUUUGUUUGCUUUUUUUAUUUUGUGCUACACUAGUUUGCCAUGUAGCAAUUGCACUGUGCAAUAUUUACAGUAUGAGGACUGGGAAAACUAACUCUAUGGAUGUGAUGUCUUUACAGUUUGCGAUAGUGUUUCCUCUCUAGUUCUCAGUGAUUUAGGUGUGACCAAGCCUUCUCUACUUUGUCACAUUAAGCGGGUUUUCCAGGUGACUCUUUUGGUGAGUGUCAAAAUAAGACUUUAUGGUGUAUUAUUGUUAAGAUUCACUUUGAAUUAAAAAAAAAAUCUAUUGAUGCA